AUGUCGACGGCGGUCGAACAGGAAAAGAUAAAAGAAAUUAUAACUCGUGAUGAGUUCAAGCACAAUCUCAAUUAUGGACUCCGGUUCCUCAACGCGACCAAUAAGACCGUGACAAGCCUCACAUUUCUAUAUGUUAUCGGAACAAGAAUGCUCGUUUCUGCAUACUUCGGUGCCGGAGCUAUCGUGACUAUGGCCAUCGUUAAGGUCCUCAAACGUAUCUUUCGCGAGGCACGACCAGUUGGAAUGACGUACAAGGUUACCUACGGAUUUCCGAGCACCCAUUCCGCAACAAUUACUUACUAUGCGACAUUUAUAACGCUCUCAUGCUUCUAUCUUCCGAUUCACCCUGCCAUCUCGUUUCUCCCUCGGGUUAUAAUUAACCCCCUAAUUCCUCUUGCGGCCAUCUCCGGCGCUGCAGUGGUAUGCGUGUCAAGGAUAAGAUUAGGACAUCAUACACUCAAGCAAGUUGGCGCUGGUGCAAUCGUCGGUCUCAUUGUUGGAUGGCUUUGGUUUGACGGAUGGGCAGGGAGAGGUUGGGGCAAGGACAUUGGUUGGCAAUUGACGGAGUACCUGCCUUAUUUUAUACGAGACCUGAUUCGAUAA